UGCGGUGUUGUGCCCAGUAAACAGUAGAUCGUUUAUUUGUUUCCGUUGUUUCGUGGCGGUUGAGAUAGUUAUGCUGUGUCGUCGCAAGAUAAAUAAUGACAAAUUCGAUGGAAAAUAUGGAGCGCCUGCCUUGUGCGUUCGUUAAAUAACUCGUACAUCAACGCGAGGUGAAGACCAGACUGGCCACCAAGCUUCAAAAUAAAAUCCCAUCGAACUUUACGAGUACAAUAGAAUAUAAUCUGAUGUGAAUUGAACACACCUUGAAACACAGAAAAUUGAAAGAGAAAAAAGAGUGAGAAAAAGAAAACAUAGUAAUAUGCAGCGGAUAUGGUUUGUAGAGAACAAAGAGGCGGGGGAAUCAAAGCAGCUAGAGGCACCACCGGACACUAACUUCAUCGAGGUGGCGACUGAACAAACAUCAGACAUGAGGGGGUCUAAAAGAGAUUGGAUUUUUAGAGUCCAGGUCCAUAAGCUGGAAAAAAGUGAAGUUUUAUAUGUGGUGGGUAAUUUACCUGAGCUGGGAGCUUGGAAUCACAAUCAAGCAGUACAGUUAUCACAAGAACCUGGUAGUCGGGAUUCUCCUAUGUGUUUUGAUAAUAAUGGUAGUGGGGAAUAUUAUAGUGAUGAUGGAUUUAAUGCAGCAGACAUGUUUAGGAAUAGAGAUGACGAAGGUGGGCAAAUAUUUUCACAAAAAGUUGCACUUCCCAUUGAUACUGAUAUAGUAUUCCGAUAUUUUGUUGCUGUAAUCUGUCAAUCUAAUGGUACUAAAAAUUCGGCCAAGACUCUCCUUAUUCGCAGAUGGGAGACUCACAUGAUACCGCGCGUUGUUAAGAAAAACACACCCAGUAAUUUUACCGGCGACUCAUUACCGGAUCCAGACAAAUUUGGUUAUUAUAAUGGCUACUGUAAAAUUGAACGCGGCUGGUUGACCGAUGAAACUGUGAUACAAUUUAAGAUUUUUAAUAACCCAAUUAAACUAUGGAAAAACCGAUUACAAAAUAAAAAAGUUUACAUUAAAAUGACACCCGUAAAUCUAGUUAGACACAAUUCUCUAGAAUUACAGCAAUUCGGAGGCGAGAAUGUAGAUGAUAGUCUUUCUAUGGAUACGCAAGAUGUUGUUGAUCAACCUGCUUUUAGUAUUACAGAAAUUGCUGUGAUGAACGACGAUGAGGCUCGCUACAAGAUUCAGGAACAAUUCGGACGAGUUUACGACGAAGACGACUUUAUUAUCUUCAAUGUCGCAGUUCGGUAUCCUGAAACUAUCGCAUAUUUAGUGGACUACUACGUGUACAGCUCAAGGUGUUUUCAAGGAGAACCACCAAACCAUAUCGGUUUCAGCUACAUCUUGCCAAGUACAUUGCAAUCUAGCGUAGGACUUUUAACGGUACCAAUUACAAGCACAAAACAUAGACCAAUUGGACAACUUACGGUUGAAUAUGUUGUAAUAAAACCAAUUCCGGAUUAUCCAUGGGAUAUGAGUAUUUCGUAUGCAAAACAUUGGGAACAACGUUGGUCUGGUCUGGAUGUGGGUCACAGAGGGCUAGGUACAUCUUUUCAAACAAAAAAUUGUGCAAACGUACGUGAAAAUACAAUAGCUUCACUAAAAACUGCAUCGCAUCAUGGCGCAGACAUGGUCGAAUUUGAUGUUCAAUUAUCCAAAGACCAUGUACCUGUUAUUUAUCACGAUUUCUAUGUAUCCAUUUCGUUAAAACGCAAGAAACAAAUAGAAGCUAUGGACAUGCUGGAAAUACCUGUCAAGGACCUUACAUUAGAGCAGCUACAUUUAUUAAAGGAUUUUUAUUACCCGUUGGACUCGUUGGGUAAGGUGCUGUAUUUCGUUGAUAAAGCUGAACAGGGGGUUAACCAACUGGUUUAUCACGUGGCCGAAGGUCGAGAAAAGAAUCCAAGGUUCUUCGACGAAGAUCUAGAAGAUCAUCAACCUUUCCCCACACUACAAACUGUACUACAAGAGUUGGAACAACACGUUGGCUGUAACAUAGAAAUUAAAUGGACUAUGCAGUUGAAGGACGGGACGUUUGAACUGAAUCAUCCAUUUGAUCUCAACCUGUACUUGGAUACUAUACUCAAGGUCGUGUUGGAAUACGGAGGAAAUAGAAAAAUAGUUUUUUCAUCUUUUAACCCAGAUAUUUGUGCCAUGAUUCGCCUUAAACAAAAUAAAUACCCGGUAGUAUUUUUGACACAGGGCGUGACUGUAAAAUAUCCUACUUAUCAUGAUCCGAGAUGUCAAACAAUACCAAUGGCUGUUAGACACGCUAUAGCUGCUGAUAUCUUAGGAAUUAAUGUCCACACGGAGGACAUUCUUAGGGAUCCAUCGCAAGUAAAAUUCGUAAAGGAUGCUGGAUUAAUAAUUUUUUGCUGGGGAGAUGACAAUAAUGAUAAAGCUACUAUUCAGCAUUUGAAAAAACUUGGAUUACACGCAGUUAUUUAUGACAAAAUCGACGAAUAUAACGCAAAGGAAGUGAAAGAAAGCAUAUUCCUGAUCGAUGCUAGAGAAAGUCAAAAGGCAUUAAUUGCUUUGGCGCAUUGCAGUCAAGUUUGUCAACCGCAACCUCAAAUUCCUUGUCCUCUCAACUCAGAAAAGGAUUACUAUAUGGACGUCGACAAAUCCCGAAACAUAAUUACAGCUUCGUCAACUGGAACUUCACCCUCCAGUUUUGGUAAGAAUACUAUUGAUGGCGAUAAUAUAUAUCCCAUACAAACUGUUAAAUUACCAAGUACAUGUGACCAUCAGGAGAACAAAGAGAUCAAUGAAAUGGCGAAAGAUUUUAGCGAUUGCGCGAAAUCCUUCGGCCACACAAUAAAACCUAAAAGCAUCUCAGACUUAGUUUGCGAACAAACGGCGGCGCUUCCAGAGUUUUACGAAGGGGACGAAUCAGCGAAGGACUGUCUUUGAUGCUUCUCUUUUACGAAACCAUUUAAGUCUUGGUUUAAUACAGAAGACAUUGUUUAGAAAAGGACCUAUCACAAGAGAAAGCAGGAACCUGAAGAAAACGUUUUGUAACUCGUAAUUUAUUAUAGUAGAUAAGAUUUCCCCUGCGAUCCUAUGAUCCACAAAUUUGGAUCAUCUGAACGGCCAUUAUGAAUAGAUAGACAAAGAGACGACCGCUUGCGUGUUUCACAUCAUUCUAUCAUCCCUACAAUCGGUCGACUUAAUUGCCCAUCUGAUGCUAUAUAUAUAUCUCUUUAAACUCAGUGGUCUUUUUAUCUUUGAAUGAUAAUCAAAUCAGAUCAUGGCUAUAAAAACGAACGUUAACUUCUGUUACUCUAUCCGUGGUAGGUAAGUGCCGUGGUUGCAAGUUUUUAGUACAAAUAGCCUCAAUACUUUCACUUAGUUCGUAACAAAAUAUCACCCCUCUCAUAUUCCUUCCUUUAUUACUUGAAAAUUAAUUUAAAUUAAUUGACCAGCAUUGGAAAAUAUAUGACGUUACUAGUAUCUACAUUUUCUAUAACUUGUCGAGAAAAUGAAAGAAAUAUAUGAUUACCUUUGAGAAAGUUGCAGGUUAACUAUUUUUCGUAUAUGUAAGACAUGUCACGUUCAUUUAUUUAUGUUUCAAAAUAUUUUUAUCUAGCAUCCUAUAAAUUAAAGGAUAUAAAAAAUAGAAAAAGUUAAACGAAUGAUCUUUGUUAAAAGUAUCGUUGUCUGCGAAUGUAAACUCGGUGUAAUUAUAAACAGAAGAGAAGAUUACGCUUUUACGACCAUAUAGAAUAAUAUGGUAAUUGCUACGAAUAAUUUUAUUAUUUGCAUAUAUCGUAAUUACUUUAGACAAUUCAGGAUCAUUUUUCUUUGGUAAAACAAAUACAAUCGAAAUAUUUAAAAACGGUGCAUUCGCUUUGUAGGUACAACACUUCUAUCCCGGACUUCAAUGUCCAAUCAAUCUUGUAAUAACUGCAUCAGUGACAAAACAAGUAGCACGCGAUUAUCUUUUCGAAGUUUUUACCAGAGAAGAUACUUUAUACCACUUUACCGCAUUGGUAGAACGCUAUAUGAUUAAAGAAGAGAGCGAUUGUAUCAAUCGUCAAGAUUCUGCGAUAUAUAGAAUAUCUGUUGAUGGUUUAGAAAAGUAUGCCACAAAACAUGUUAUAUGGGAUCACAUAUGUAACUGCACAUAUUAUCGUGCGUAGAGCGUGGUGGUUGCUAAUUCUUUCUAUUGUCAUAGAGGCUAAUGCAUUGUAAUAAACCAGUUAACGGAUAUUAAUGGGUUCGAUAAGUUUAUAAUUAAUACAUUGGUAGAAUUUUGCAAAUUCGGACACAUAGGUUAAUGCGUUACAAUCUUCAAAUGUACACUGAUAAACUUCAUAUAUAUUUCAGAUUUCUAAUUA